AUGCCUAUUUUGGUUGAAUGCUGGGAUUUUUAAGAAGAUGGAAAAAACGAAUAUAUUGGAUCUAUAUAUUCAGUUGGAGAUAUUCUUUUAAAUUAUGAUAGUGAUAAAAAGGUUCCUUUAUACGGUUUUGGAGCUAAACCUUAAAUGAACUAUAACCCUAAUAACUAAACUCUCCAUUGUUUUCCUAUCAAUGGAAAUAUUUAAAAUGCAGAAGUUUAUGGUAUAAAUGGGAUGAUGGAAUCUUAUAAAUAGUUUCUUAACCAUGUUGAAUUAUCAGGACCAACUCUUUUUAAUCCUUUGAUUUAAGAAGCUAUGAACUUAAUAACAAAAAAUUGCAAAGAAAAUAAUUAUAAAAACUAUUACAUUUUACUACUCUUAACUGAUGGAUAAAUCUAAGAUAUGAAUCUUACAGUAGCAUCUAUUGUAAAGGCAUCUAAACUACCACUUUCUAUUAUUAUUGUAGGAUUAGGUGAUGAGGAUUUUACAAAUAUGAAAAUACUUGAUGGAGAUUAAGGACUAGUUGAUAUUAAUGGAAAUGUGGCUGAAAGAGAUCUUGUUUAGUUUGUAAGAUUUAAUAAAUAUAAAACUAAUCCUGCAGCUUUAGCCUCAAAAGUACUUGAAGAAUUACCUGAUUAAGUUGUAGAUUUAUUUACUUUAGUAGAUGUUCAUCCUAACGAAGUUUAAUUAGUUUAAAUGAAUGAGAUAUAAAAUGAAAAAGCUCCUCCACCUCCAUUAUAUUAUUGA